AUGUGCAGAGGAGAUGACAGGGACACCCUUCUCUUUGGCUCGGUCAGUAGCCAGACGUCAUCAGAACCGAAUGCUGCUACUAAAGAUGUUGCACCGCUUGCUACCUAUGCUCAGCCCUUCCCUGUGAACCAGCCACAGGCGUGCCUAACUCUCCAGUGCAGCAGCUCCGCAGCUAUCGACAGAGCAGUAGAAAGCGUUGCGCCGCUACAACAGAGCAAUCUGCAGCAACGAACCACCCGCCGUCACCGCCACAUCUCCCUAUUUGCCUCUAUCGAGCUGGCCCGUCCGGCUGUGCCCCCACCUGCAAAUGAGAGAUCCCCCUCCUCUUCAGCCCGUGAACGGUUUCAGAAGCUUACUGUCUCGCCAGGCAUUGAGCCUUUGAAUCUCCAGACACCAGGAUCUGCUAUUGCCAACAGGAUGGGCGCUAGCCUUAUUGCCCGUGCCGCAUCUAAUUCUGCCUGUACUCACUACCAGGACCCCAGAACCGAUGCCAUCUCCACAUUUCCGAAAGAGCAAGGAGAGCAAAGCUCAGCUGUGGCAGGAGCGAAUGGAGAAGAAGCCGCCACUCCACAGGACUGCGACUGCGCUCUCCCCAACCAAUUGUGCAACGGCGGAGAUAGCAAGCCUGUAGAUGUCCCGUCUAUGUCUAAAUCUGUAGAGGCGUGCCUCACCCGUCUAAGCAAUGCUGAUGCUCAUAGAUUCGUGGCGCAGGAGUUGCAUGAGAUUCAUCAGAUGAUCCAAUUCAGGGCACUUCGACUGAGACGACAGGAAGAAGAAACGUCAGCUGCUGCUGCACGGGCGACCAAUGCACUUCGCCAAUAUGCCCAGCAGCUGUUAAACCAGGCUGCAGACAAACUCGCGAGGCUAGCGACACAGCAGCAGAAGAGGACAGAAGCAACGGCUGAGAAGGCCGCUGACAUCCUCCGUAGGGCCACGGAGGCUCGAUGUGCCUUGCGCCACGAGAGGAGCAUGAUGGAGCAGUUACGGAGGCGGCAGGGGGUUGAACAAGAGCUUAAGCUAAGAACAGUCUCUGAAGCGCUGGAUGCCGAGCGCCGUCGCUGUGUUGAUCUCGAAGCCCGCGUGGAGGUGCUGCAGCAAGAAAACCGACAACUCCGGGCAGCACUGCGUGCACCGCUACUCCAGUCUCGGGGAUCACGACCGCACCGCUCCCCUGCAACGAAACACAUGCUCGUGAAGCAGACAGCGCUAAUACGCAAGGUGGCGCAGACGGUCAACAGCUGCAAGAUCGAGCGCAUCCCUGUCCCUCCCAGCCAGAUGCGCUACCUCAUCACAUGGGUGGCAGUCAGUACCAGUAGUAGCAGCGCUGCAUCUGAGCCUGUGGCAGGCCGUCGUCGUUCUCACUCAACGAGGUGCGCAAUACCCACACCACAAUACCAGCGCAUUUCCUUCUCUGUUCCACAGCCAGGUAUGCAACAUCCCAUGGAGGCUGGUAACGACUCCUCCUGCUCCUCUGUGCCUCGACGGUCCCGUACUGGCGGUCAUAAGCUGGCACUCCGACAGGAUGUAGCAGGACGGCUACAAGCAUCCCUCAUGCGGCUACAAGGGCGACAGGGCAAGAUGCAGCAUAUUGCAAAGCAGCUGCUGGAUCCGCAGGAACUCUAA